AGCCCUGUGCCUCGCUUCUCUGCUUUGACUGUCUCGGUGGGCAGGUGGUGGUGGUGGUGGGGGGGACGGUAGCCGGUCAUGAACACCAAGUCCUCGCAGGACGGGAGCGCCGACCACCUGAAAUACGGGGAGGCUCAGGAGAUUCCCCCUCUGAGGAACUAUCUCUGUCUCACCAUGUUCACCUGUUUCUGCCCUGCAUGGCCCAUCAAUAUUGUGGCGCUGGUUUUCUCUGUGCUGGCCCAAAAGAGCUAUGAUGAAGAGGAUUAUGAAGGCUCCAAGCGGCUGGGUCGGAAAGCUCUCCACCUGGGGAUUGUUUCUUUUGUCGUUGGCCUUGUGAUCGUCACUGCGUACACCGCUGUGCACUUUACCACGGGUGUGGUGUGACCUCUUGAUGAGGAAGAGGAGGUGGAAGUGGAGAAGAGGUGAUGGAGAGAUCAGCUCUGCCUGGCUUCUGUCAUCCACAGCGCUGCAGGAGUCUCACCGCACUGCUGAAUACAUCUCGGUUUCAGCUGUAUUGUGUAAAUGAUUUCGCAAUAGGCUAAAACUUUUGACAGUUUUUGUAAUUGCAAAGUAUAAUAAAAAAAGAA